AUGGAAUCAUUAGACGAGCAUAUGGAGAACAAUUCUGAAGCCUCAAAUGCCAAUAUACAGCCUCAGGCUGAGGGUGCUAAUGUAGCCUCAAACAAAAGUGGUACUGGUCCUACUGGAAAAGGAACAAAAAGAAAACGCAUGAGACCAAGAUCCAUUGUUUGGUCAUACUUCACUCAGAAUGAGGAUGAGAAUGGGAACCUAGAGUCUGAACCUGGACAAACCGUGUUAAAUUUGCAACCAUGUAAUCUUGAUAAUGAUGGUAGGAGUGCACUUACUGCAUGGAAAUUUGAUCAAGAUGAAAUUCGAAAAGCUGUUGCAUACAUGGUCAUUGUUGAUGAAUUACCAUUCAAGUUUGUAGAAGGGGAAGCAUUCCGCCGAGUCAUGUCUAAAGCUUGCCCUAGGUUUAAAAUUUCAUCAAGAUGGACUAUGUCGAGGGAUUGUUUUCAAUUGUAUGAUGAUGAGAGGAUAAAGUUGAAGCAUUUUAUGAAAAAUAACUGCCAAAGAGUUAGUCUGACAACUGAUACUUGGACUUCUGUUCAGAUGACCGCGUGUCGUUACACGGCAAAUUUGAAUUUAUAA